GCAUCCCAGUGGAACAUCUUUGUUUAUUUAUUAUGAAAGAUGAGAUAGCGAAAUCUAGUGACAUCGAAGAGGCAAUGAUGGUGCGGCAAAGGCAGCUUCUAGAUGGCAGUAUCAAUGUCAACAGGAAUGCAGAUUCCAUUGAUAUUCAGAGUCAGCAGUCAUCUCUUGUGGAGUACCUGAAUACUGAAUAUGACAGCAUUUUGUCAGAUGCAGUGCUGAUCACAAGUUGUAACUACAUGCAAACUGGAAGUAGACACUGCAACUGUGGUGAAAGCAGUGAGGGGUUUAACAAGGUGGAUGAACCAGAAAUGCAUCUGGAAAUGCAAAGUGGAGAAAAUCCAUGCAGAUGGCUUAAUCACAGCAAUAGUUCUGUGUUUUGUAAGUGUAGCAUAACUGAGCAAGUAAUACAUAGUGGACCUGAAAAAAAAUAUACCUUAAAAACCCAUGAGCAAACGUACAGUACAAUAAAAACACACAAACAUACUACUUGUGGGAAGGGAAUUGCAUUCAAAAGAAGUUUACCAGUACAUCAGUUUAUUCAUUCCGGACAGAAGACAUUUAACUGUAUCAUAGGUGACAAAGGUCUUACAAAGAAGUCUAAUAUGAAAAGUGAUCAGUUAGUCCACGCCAAACAAAAGCUGAAUCAAUAUGUCCCAUGUAGCAAUGGGUUUCUACUUAAGAAGCAUUUAGACAUGAACAAUAGUAGCCACACAGGACAGAAAUAUUCUGAAUGUACCACAUUUAAUAUGAGUUGUACACAAGAUAACAUGAUAAAACAUCAGUCAGUACACACUAAACAGACACCAUAUAAAUGUGAAACACAUGGCAAGAGUUUUGCACAGAAGAGAAGCAUGUUAAACAAUUCACGUGUCUACACUGGACAGGAUUCCUGUAAAUGCAAUAUAUGUGGCAUGAGUUUUAGAUACAAAAGUGGCAUGGUACGCCAUCAAAGUAUCUACACAGGGCAGAAACCCUAUCAGUGUGCCUCAUGUGACAAGGGUUUUACAGAUAAGAGGCGUUGGAUAGCACACCAGAGUGUACACACGGGACAGAAACCAUAUAAAUGCAUCUCAUGUGAUAAAGGUUUUACAGAAAAGAGAAAUCUGGUGGCACAUCAAAGUAUCCACACCGGACUGAAACCUUAUCAGUGUGCAACAUGUGGCAAGGGUUUCACACAUAAGACAAGUCUAACAGUGCAUCAAAGUAUCCACACUGGACAUAAACCCUAUCAAUGUGAUAUAUGCAAGAAGAGUUUUAGACAAAAGAAGAGUCUAACAGUUCACCAAGUUAUCCACACUGGGCAAAAACCCUACAAAUGCACCAUGUGUGACAAGAGUUUUAGGUGCAAAACUGCAGUGAUAAAUCAUCAGUAUACGCACACUGGGCAAAAACCCUAUAAAUGUGCCAUGUGUGACCAGAGUUUUUCACAGAAGGGCCACUUGGUAAUUCAUCAGUAUAUCCACACUGGGCAGAAACCUUAUCAAUGCAACAUGUGUGAUAAGAAUUUUAGACAUAAAACCACAAUGUUAAAUCAUCAACAUAUCCACACUGGACAGAAACCUUUUAAAUGUGCCAUAUGUGACAAGGGGUUUACAGAUAAGCGAGGUUUGGCAGCUCAUCAAAGCAUCCACAGUGGGCAGAAACCUUAUCAGUGUACUAUGUGUGACAAGCGUUUUACCGAAAAGAAAAGCCUCACAGUGCAUCAGAUUAUCCACACUGGGCAGGAACCCUAUAAAUGCAGUAUGUGUGACAAAAGUUUUCGAUACAAAAACAUUAUGGUAAGUCAUCAAAGUAUCCAUACUGGUCAGAAACCCUUUAAGUGCUCCAUGUGUGACAAGAGUUUUAGAUACCGAAGUACUCUGGUAAGUCAUCAGAAUGUCCACAGUGGGCAGCCACAGUAUAAAUGUACCUUAUGUGACAAAGGUUUUAUGGAUAAGCGAUAUCUAGCAUCACACCAGAGUAUCCACACGGGACAGAAACCAUAUCAGUGUGCCACAUGUGAGAAGGGUUUUACAUGUAAGAAGAGCUUGGCAGUGCAUGAAGUUAUUCACACUGGGAAAAACCUCUACAAAUGUGCCACAUGCGAUAAGAGUUUUACACAGAAGGGUAACUUGGCAAUUCAUCAGUAUAUUCACACUGGGCAGAAGCCCUAUAAAUGCAGCAUAUGUGACAAGAGUUUUAGACAGAAAAGCACAAUGGUAAGUCAUCAGCGUAUUCACACUGGCGAAAAACCCUUUAAGUGCCCCACAUGUGAUAAAGGUUUUACAGAUAAGAGAUGUUUGUUAGCACAUCAGAGUUUGCACACUGGACAGGAGCCCUAUCAUUGUAUUGCAUGUAACAAGGGCUUUACACGUAAGAAACAUUUGGUGAUGCAUCAGAGUUUACAUAGUAAAGUGAGUUGUCUAGAAGGUGAAGUGAAGUCAUUUUGAAAAGAAGAGGAAGGUGAUGUUUGAAAGUGAAUUAAUUCUCAAAUUUUGGUGAUUAUGUUUUCAUGGUUGACCAUGUUGUUUACCGGAUCUCUUCAAGACAAAAUGGAUAUAUAGACUUCCUGUUGUUUAUGCUGAAACAGGUCACCACUGCUUUUUUGUCUUGCAUUUAACCCAUUAAGCUACUGCUACUUAGCAGAUUAGAUCAUGGCUACAAUUUGGCUCCCAGAAAACAACAGAGUAUAAGUACUUCCUAUCUUCUUUGUGUGGAUUAUUUAAAACUCUAUAGUUCAUCAGACAAGGUGCUGAAAGUACAUCUGGACGUCAUCAAAACUUUCAGAUGAUAAAAUAGUGUCAUUUGGUCUUGAUAAAUGUGCAAAAGUAGCAUUUAAAUCAGGAAAGCUGUACCACCAAGAACACAUCAGUGUGAGAUAAGAUUGUGAUAUAAAAGAACUUGAGCUGGAGUGAGUGUAUAAAUAGUUGGGAAUU